CCUCCGCUAGCACUGGGAGGGGCCCAACAUAUGCCGGGCAGGGGCCAGCGGCAGCCGCUGUGUAUAUAUUAACGCAGUUCUCAAAUCAACCCUGGGCCGAAGGCCUGAUUGCCGUGUGACUGGAACAGAAAGCCCGUGCGCGCGGGUGGGGACGCGGCCAGGUGGCCUCUCGGUCGCUCCCCGACCGACCCUCGCUUCCCCGCCCCCGCGGCGCCGCGUCCCCGCCCCCGGCUCCGAGUGCGGCCGCGACCCGCAGACCCUCCACCGGUCCUCAGCCCUGGGGCCGCCGCUGUCACGUGCGGGCCCAGCGGCCGAACCCACAGUCCGCGGCGCAGCGCCGCCGCUCCCGCGUCCCCGCCGCCGCGAUGCCCGGGGCUGGCCGAGCCCGGCGUUUGCGCCCCCCGUGCCCAAAGCCCCCGGAGGAACCGCCCGCCCCAGAGGAGGAGCAGGACCUGCUCCUGGCAGCUGCCUAUGUUUCUGAUGCCCAGUAUAACAGGAAUAUUCCAUUUGAAACAUCCCCUCGGGCCAUCAGGCUUUACUAUUUUUAUAACCACUGGACAAUGCGAGUUGCCACCUACUUCUUUAUCUGUGUAGACCUUUCCCUCGCCCUGUUUGAGGAACCUGCCUUAUUUCCAGUACCUUUCUUGACUACCUCCUUAGUGGAAGUGCUCUGUCUGACGGCGUUCUUCGGGAGACUCAUACAUUUUGCAAAAGUCACUCCUCAAAUGGUCUUCUGGAAGGAUACGAAGAACAUCUGCAUCAUGGCGGCCAUAGUGCUGACCUUGAUCGAUCUGAUUAUCUAUGGGUCUUUGGAAGCUGUUAACAUUCACAGCAUUCGAUGGUCCAGGGUCUUAAGGCCAGUCUUCCUAAUUAACUUCCCCGAGAGUCGUCAGAUCCGAAGGGCUUUCCGAAGCAUCCGGAACACUCUGCCUGAUAUCCUCUACGUCUUCCUCCUGUUUAUGUUCAAUAUGCUCAUAUUCUCCCUUAUGGCCUUGAAGCUUUUUGGGGAUAGGAAUCUUAAAACAGUGGAAGGAUCGGCUUACUUCACGAACAUCCUGGAGAUAGCAUUUGAGCUCUAUGUGCUGGUCACGACUGCGAACAGCCCAGACGUCAUGAUGCCUGCCUAUGACUUCAAUUGGUGGUAUUCUCUGUACUUUAUAACCUACCUCAUCAUCAACACCUACAUCUUCAUGUCCGUCUUUCUGGCUGUGGUCUACAACAAUUACAGGAAGCACUUAAAGAAUGAGAUUCGCAAACUGGCAUACCUGAAACGCCACAAAAUGCUAGAGGCUUUCAACAUUCUGAAAGUCAAGGUGGGCACAGAGUUUGUGGUUAAGGAGGCCCAGUGGAGGCGGCUGGCCAAGGUCGUGGCGCCGGACAUCAGCAGUUCCCACCUGGAGCUCCUCUUGAGGAUCUCCGACGAGGGACAGAAGGGGCACGUGGACAAAAUGAACUUUCUACGCUUGGCUGACCUCCUCAACAUUCAGGUGGUCACUGUCAACAUCAAGAGACACCCGCUGGAAGCUUGGAUGCCUCGGCUGUACCAGUCGUCCACAAGCCUCUGGGUACAGAAGGUGGUUCGGCACAGGGCUUUUGUCUGGGUUUAUGAUGUCAUCAUUCUAAUAAAUGCCAUAUUCAUUGCUCUGGAAGAGAAAAACCCCUUCAUAUCCUAUGCAGAAUGGGUUUUCCUUUUUCUCUACAUUAUUGAGAUUCUCCUGAAACUGUACACAUUCGAGCCCAGAGUCUAUUUUGGAAGGAAGCAGUUCUGGAACUGGUUUGACACGCUGAUCAUCAUCGCAGCCCUUUUGGCCACUGUGGCCACCACCACCAUUCAGCCAGCAAGAAAAUACAACAGCCAGCAGAUACUGGACAUCGUCUUGGUACUGAGAAUACUGCGGCUCUUGAGGGUCAUUGUCAGCAUCCAGAGAUUCCGGGUCAUCAUGACCACCUUGAUUAACAUCGGCCCUGCGAUGCUGACGUUUGGUGGACUUGUCUUGGUGGUCUACUACGUGUUUGCUAUCAUCGGGAUGGAAGUGUUCCAUGGCAAGGUCCGGUUUUUCGGCCCGAACGCCACCACCCCUGAUGCCCUGGUGUGUGGGAACCCGGCCCUAAAAGACUCGGCGUUCGCCCGAGACAAAUACUGCAAGAACAACUUCAACGACCUGGCCUCCUCGUUCAUCCUCCUCGUGGAGCUCACGGUGGUGAACCAGUGGCACAUCCUUGCCGGCGGCUUUGCCCUGGUGACUCAUCAGGCAGCGAAGCUGUACUUCAUCGGCUUCCACGUCGUGGUUGUCAUCCUCAUUGUUAAUAUUUUCAUAGCAUUCAUCUUGGAAGCAUUUUUUGUGGCAUAUUCAUUAGAAAAAAGUGAAGUAGAAACUGCCAUUGAGAAGAAGAUUCAAGAGCUCAGAAUGGGAAUCCAAGAGGAAGAAAUGCAGGAUGGGAAGCUCAUUGAUAACAUGGAAUCCAAGGACAGUGGCUUUCAUGGAGAUGAUGGAGACAACAAAAGGAAGACUUUGAAAGGGCUGUACUUCAGAAUUGCAUCAAAAAAGUGGCUCCCAUGCCAAGCAUCAUCUUCGACUCGGAGGCCAUCCUUCAGGAAAGCCUCGCUCUACCCUGGUCAGUUGCUCCCCGCUGGCCCAAAGCACCAGUUUGCAUGUGCCUUUCUCCUUCCUCCUAGAGUACAGGACUGUGGACACCUUGCUGCAGCAGAUGUUUGAGUCUGAAAUUGCCCCGGAGGAUGAAGCCCCUUCCUUGGAUGAGAUUCUCAACUUCUCACCCAGUGACAUAUAUCCCAAGAAUCCCAGUUUUGAAAACAGUGCAUGAUUCUGGGCUGUGGGCCCACAACUGGAAAUCAAGAUAAGCUGUUAUCACUUUGUGCAUAUGCUACCUAGAGAAUGUGUUUCCAGGCCAGGUUCCCUUCUGUGUUCUGAUAAUCCUGUGAACCCAUUCCACUCACCCUGAGUAGCCAGUUGAAGGGUGUGGAAAGGCUGUCUCUGUGUGCCCCACCUGGGGUCAUUCUGAAGUCUGAUUGUGGAAGUCAGGAGAGGAAAGGAAGAGAUUGAGAGGAGCAUUUAUCAUACACAUUUUAAGUACAUGUGCAGAGUCCUUUCCGUGGGCAUAUAAAAGCUUUUCAUUUAUUUUAUAUAUUUUGCUAUUCUAUUAAACAAAUACUGUGCUACAAUGUUGCACAAAUAAAUUUUUAAUAACUAUAGUAAAAGAAUACAUUCUAGUAUAGUAGCUUUUAGAUGCAGUGUUUAUUCAAAAUGAAGAAAAACAUGAAAAUAAAAUUCUGUAAAAUUGCUUCUUUUUCAGGGGGAGUUUCUCAAUGUUUAAUUAAAUUACAAUUAUAGCAAGACUUUUGAGUAAGUCACUCUCUGAGGUUACUUUCCCCAGCUGCAAAUAUCCCAGUACAGUGACAUGCUCCUUCUGGAAAAUUAAAAAGGAUUUUUAAAGUUCAUUUAUUUAAAAAUUUUAAGUUGUGGUAAAUACACAUAAAGUUUACCAUUGUAACCAUUUCUUAGUGUAUAGUUCAGUAGUUUUAAGCAUAUUCAUAUCUAUAUGCAACCAAUCUCUGGAAUUUUCCCUCCACCCCAAAUGAAACUGUGACCAUUAAACUAUACUCCCCUUUCGCUCCUCCCCUGGUAACUACCAUCCCACCUUCUGUUUAUACGAAUCUGACUACUUGGAUGGUAUUUGCAUUCUGAGCAAGUGUAAUCCUUUCCAGAGUUGUCUGGGUGUGACUCCUCAUUUUUCUGUACCUCGUCAUGGCCCCACCAUAUGGCAGGGGAGUUGGUGGGAACACAUCUCCAUGAGCUGAGGUCUUUGGGUGCAGUGAGGCCUGAGUCAUGCUUUGAGUCAUGUGUCGAUACACAUGACACUAGCUUGGGAGGGACUUUGUUUCCUCCGUUCUGCAGGUGACCUCUGGUAUAGGAGCAAAGCCAGGAUUUUGCACUGACUCUGGGGCUAGACUGUCUGGCUUCAUAUCUGGUUCCUCACUGGCCACACCACUUAACCUCUGUGAGCCCCAUUUCCUCACCUGCAUUUGACACAAAUGGUACCUCCCUCCCACACCUGGUGCCUGUAGGAAGGUGACCGGUGGAAUGCCGGCUCAGUGCUGUCUCAGCGUUUGCUGUUCCCAGUUUAAAACUCUGCCUGGGAUUGGGCAUCAGUGCCUUAGAAUUCCAUUAUCAUGAAGAUUCCCAGGAGGGGGACCUUGCCGACCUAUCUAACGGGAUUUGUGCAGUCCUGCCAUCCUACCAGACCUCUCUUAUUUCUUUAUCUAACACUUAUUAUUAUGUAAAGAAUUAAACUGAAAGUACUGAGUGGCAACUUAAUUUUCUAAAUUGGAAAAUAUGCUGGCCAUUUUUUAUGAUGCAUUGUAAAAAAUUCAGUACAGAAAUAAGAGUAAAAAGUGGCCUUUUUCUUCCUUCUCCUCCUUCCACCCCCUUUCAUUCUUCUACACAUUAUCUGACACCCCUUUCCCAGUAUAACUGCUGUGUUGUUUAUCCUUCUGGAACAAAAUCUACCCAUUUACAGCCAUUAUCAUGCAUAUUAUUAUACACUGAUUGUAUUUUUCAUCCUAAGUGGGAAGACAUGUUCAUGUAUGUUCAAGAACCUGCUUUUUUCACUUACCAGUCUUUGUUUCAUGUUGAGGGGUGUGUGUGUGUACAUAUACACAGAAAUGCUGCCAAGUGUUCCAUACCAUUAAUGUUUCAUGACUUACAGAAGAAUUCACUUUUUCAGGGACCUAUACAUUGUUACUCAUGUUCAAUAUUAAACAAUAAUUGAGCAAA